AUGUCUUUGAAGUUGCUCGCUUGUUGUGCAUCGUUGGUGAACGAGACGAAUAACGUCCAGGUGUCCUUGUUCACAUGCCCAAUCAACCAGUUUGGACAAUGUAUGAUAGUGAUCACCAUCCAACUUGUAGUAUUGCUUGUCAAUGAGGAAUGUGAGCACAUGUAUGUUGGUGAUCUUCAAUGGGAUGACGUCCAGUGCUGUGAGGACACGUUCGUUACCAACUUUGUCAGAUGA